AUAGAUGGGACAAUGCUUAAAAGCGAGAUGAAGACUGAAGGUGAGAGGCAGCUGAGGAAAGUCCGAUUUCGAAUUGCUUCCUCUCACAGUGGGAGAGUACUAAAGGAAGUGUAUGCAGAUGGAGAAACGGCAGACUCUUUGGAUUCUGAAUACACCAGUAGUUCAGAGACUGACCAAACCAGCAGACUGAGUGAAGCGGAUGGACAGCAGAAUGGACAUUUAGGAUCUGAGUGUGAUGAAAAUGAGAAUGAGCAAGAUGACUUGCUCAUUUUAGUGAGAGCUACUAAAGAGAGGGGCUUUGGUACAAAACGAGUCAACAUUCUAAGCAAAAAUGGUACAGUCAGAGGAGUCAAACACAAAGUCAGUGCUGGUCAAGCCCUCUUUAACAAUUUGUCAAAAAUAUUUCAGGUGUCUACAGUUCUAGAAUUUGGUCGCAUCGUAAUUUACACUACCAGCCUUCGUGUGGUGAGAACCACGUUUGAAAGAUGCGAGCUAGUAAGAAAGAUCUUCCAAAAUCACAGAGUGAAAUUUGAAGAAAAAAACAUUGCUCUGAACAGCGACUAUGGAAAAGAACUAGAAGAAAGAUGCAGGAGGGUGUGUGAAAUUCCAUCGCUACCUGUUGUCUUUAUUGAUGGCCAAUAUCUUGGGGGAGCUGAGAAAAUUCUGUCAAUGAAUGAAUCAGGGGAGCUUCAGGAUCUCUUAACCAAAAUUGAGAGAGUGCAGCAUCCCCACGAAUGCCCUUCCUGUGGUGGUUUUGGCUUCCUUCCAUGCUCAGCGUGCCAUGGGAGCAAGAUGUCAGUAUUUCGGAACUGUUUUACAGACUCUUUCAAAGCCCUCAAGUGUACCUCUUGCAACGAGAACGGGUUACAGCGCUGCAAGAGCUGUGCAAGUUAA